CGUUGACCUUCCACGCGAGCACGCCGCAUCAUUGUGGGAAUUGGUGUUUCUGGGCGGUGCAAAGUAGAGUAGAGCACAUCAGUGAGUGCAGCAGAGAGGCAGGCGCAUCCGCCGCUCGCUCGCUGCAGGGAUCAAAUCUGCACCAUCUGACGCUGAAGGAUUUAUGGGUUUAGUCAAAAUUGCUUUUCCCACUGUGGAGAUUAAGCACCGGAGGACGUAGGAUGUUUUCCACUUGGCCCGUAUAGAAUAACCCAGUGUAGCGUCGCUUGUUUUUUUGUUUUUUUUUUCUCCCAACGUAGGAGCUCAGACGCUGGCUGAUGGGAAUGCCCGAGGAAGUAGUUGGAUCCCAGGAGGGGAGCAGCGCGUUCUGACUGACUGGUCGAGGUCUGUCCUCCGGGUAUUGUGAGCCAUGCGGAUGGAUACUGCUUUUGUGUUCUACCUGUGCGUUUUCCUGGCGGGCGCCGCCGGGAAGACGACUCGGUCGCGGGGUCACAAGCUGGAGACCUUCAAACAAAGCAGGUCUCGAAGAGAAACAGGAAUGGAUGGAGGUUCAGGUCACAAAACAGGAAGCCCAAUCUACAAGAGAAGCCCUGACAUGACCAAGUCCCUAAUGACCAAGUCGGAGCAGCUUCUCAGAAUAGACGACCACGACUUCACCAUGAGGCCUGCCUUCGGAGGUCCUCCCAUUCCUGUCGGAGUAGAUGUUCAGGUGGAAAGUUUGGACACCAUCUCUGAGGUGGACAUGGACUUCACCAUGACGCUCUAUCUACGCCACUACUGGAAGGACGAGCGCCUGGCAUUCCCCAGCACCAACAACCAGAGCAUGACAUUUGACAGUCGCCUGGUGAAGAAGAUUUGGGUUCCAGACAUGUUCUUUGUGCACUCCAAGCGCUCUUUCAUACAUGACACCACUACGGACAACGUCAUGUUGAGGGUUUAUCCAGACGGCAACGUGCUGUAUAGCCUCAGGGUCACAGUCACCGCUAUGUGCAACAUGGACCUCAGCCGCUUCCCUCUGGACACCCAAACAUGCUCAUUAGAGAUCGAGAGCUAUGCCUACACCGAUGAUGACCUGAUGCUUUACUGGAAGAAAGGAAAUGAAUCCUUGAAUACGGAUGACAGAAUCUCGCUGUCCCAGUUCCUCAUCCAGAAAUUUCACACCACCACCAAGCUGGCUUUCUACAGCAGCACAGGCUGGUACAACCGCUUGUACAUCCACUUCACCCUGCGGCGUCACAUCUUCUUCUUCUUGCUGCAGACGUACUUCCCUGCUACGCUCAUGGUCAUGUUGUCCUGGGUGUCCUUCUGGAUUGAUCGUAGGGCCGUCCCUGCCAGAGUCCCUCUAGGCAUUACCACUGUCCUCACCAUGUCCACCAUCAUCACCGGGGUCAAUGCCUCCAUGCCGCGAGUGUCCUACAUCAAGGCAGUGGACAUCUACCUGUGGGUCAGCUUUGUUUUUGUCUUCUUGUCCGUGAUCGAGUACGCAGCCGUCAACUACCUCUCCACCGUGCAGGAGAGGAAAGAGAGGAAACUCAGGGAGAGACUGCCCUGCACGUGUGGCAUCGGCAACCCGGACGACAUGAUGAUCGACCCAAUGAUCACCGGAUAUGGCACCAUGGAUGUCAACACUACGGGGAAUUACGGCAUGCCAGAGAACGGCGGGCGGCAGGAGCGGAUUCUGGCUCAGGUGGCGCUGAACGAUCCUCAGCUCACAGGCCAGGUGAAGCCCACCAGGGGCUACGUGAACAUUUGGAUCGACACCCACGCCAUAGACAAGUACUCGCGGGUCGUCUUUCCCGGGGCUUACAUCCUCUUCAACAUCAUCUAUUGGUCCAUCUACUCGUAAGGAUCAUCCUCUGCUACAAUGAGCGCAUUUUCAUGCUCAUGAAAUUGUGAGGAACGCCGCCCGCCGCACACGAGGACCACUGCCUUCUCAACCCCUGGCCUCUUACAACUGGUUCUGGUUCCAGUGUCUGUGGUGUCGUGCUGUUCAUGGAAAAAAAAACUGUUGCUAAGGCUUGAUGUUGCUCCUGCUCUGAGAGAUGAUCAGCAUCCACGCAGGUCAGUUACAGUUCAGAGACACUCCAUCACCUCCUCCUACAUCUUGGCAAUCAGUAAUAAAAACACUAUGACAAUCAGGCCCUCGCUCAUGUGGAAGUGGUCUUUUUCAGCACAUUCGACGUAUGUCUCCUUGUGACUUUUCUAUCGCUGUGACGCUAACUGCAAUGCAUUUCUGUGAUUCAACGACGUUUCAUAUUUAAAAAAAAAAUGCAAAUGUAAAAGAAAAAAAAUCCAAAGCAUUGGCUAUUGUACUUGUACUCAAAAAUAUAUAUUUAUUUCUUCUUUUUAUAUAUAUAUAUACUAUAUAUAAGUGCAGCUUGUCUCUUCUGUUGGUGUCGUGAGGCUUUGAGGUUGACUGUGAGCCGAGGUGCGAAAUCUCAAUGAUGAGGAAAAACACAGGUAUUAAACUCCUAACCUGAGAUGUCAAGUGUGUGAUGUUGUGUUUUUUAACCUUGUGAAGAUUUCCGCCAAUGAACUCUUUCAGUUUACAUGUGACGGAAGACAACUGGUGCAGAUGUAAGACAAUACAUGCAGUAGGUAAACAUCGCUCUCUGAUGCCGUAAAGGGAUAGUUGGGAUUUUUGGACAUGAAAUGAUAUCACCAUCAGCAGUGUAGUCCAUCAAUGUUGACUUACCACCCCCACUUGGUCCUGUGAGCCCAGUUCUGGUCAAAUUGUUUUGAGAAGCCAAACUAUAGUUAACUUAUUUGAUCCCAAAGAUGUAUUUAUAUGUCUUUUAUGGGGUUUUUUUUGUGUGAGAGGUGAGGUUAUAAUGAAAAUGACCACAUGGUGGCAGAAGUGCAUUUUAUAAGAACUCAGGAUGCAUCUUUCCUGUUUAAAUAUACACGCUACGCAGCAAUCAGGAAGUGAAAAGGCAUCUAUUUCACCGUGUUGUGUGAAGGAAGUUAUUCAUUCAUUCAUUCAUUCAUUCAUUUUCUACCGCUUUUCCUCACGAGGGUCGCGGGGGUGCUGGAGCCUAUCCCAGCUGUCUUUGGGCAAGAGGCGGGGUACACCCUGGACUGGUCGCCAGCCAAUCACAGGGCACAUAUAGACAAACAACCAUUCACACUCACAUUCAUACAAUUUGGAGUCGCCAAUUAACCUAGCAUGUUUUUGGAAUGUGGGAGGAAACCGGAGUGGUGUUAUAUUUAUAAAAUUUUGUUUGUGUUGUUUAUGUCGUGGCAUCAUUGUUUAGAUAUUUUGGCUAAAUAUUUAUGGCUAAAUUUGUGUCAAAGUAAAAGUUAUGCUAUUUUUUCACAAAAGGUCUUUUUUCUCCCUUUUUUGUUGAGAACUGAUAAAUUCCUGAAACUUCCCGAUUGUUCUACUGCUGAUUACUAAAGAACGGAAAAAGGUAGAAACGAACUUUUUUUUCUGAUGAAAGAUGAGAGUCUAAUCUUUCUUUGGGUAAAUACCAUAUAGCCCAAGAACACAAUAUUCUGUGCGCCUUGAAAAAUCUGCCAAAAUCAUCAAAAAUGGCUGGGAUUGAACAAGAUAAGUAACCUCAAUAACUUAAUCACCAUCACUUUCAUCACCAAAAUCCAACCAGAACUCGGCUCACAGGGCCAAGUGGGGGGUAAGUCACAAUUGAUUUACUACACAGCUGAUGAUGAAUAAUUUGAGUUCAAGUUAAAAGUUUGGAGUGUAUUAUGUAUUUUUCAAUAUUUUCACUUUUACGGCAAAUGAAUAUCAGCUCCAAAUGUGGGUUAUGGGCCUCCUUGACUACUAAAUGUCAGUGUUGACGGUAGUACUGUAGGUGCCGGGGCCAUUUUGAUACAUUUUGUACCUUUUUUAACUUUAUUAUGAGUAUUUCCUGGUGCUAUAUGAUUUUGACUUUUCUUUCACUUUUUUUCACUAGCAGCCGUUCCUGACGCAACCCUGGCCGGGAGUCAAACCUAUACCCUUUGCCAGGAAAAGUAGAAUCAUGUACCAUGAUACCAGAAAAAAAGACAAAACCCUGUAAUACAUGACACAACUCAGUUUUAGGACUCAUUUCAGUGGGAUUUUCUGUAUUGUACACUUUAGUAUCAUUUAGACAUUUUAUUGCAUUUCCACUAAUAGCCUUCGCUGUCGUCGUUGCCACGCCCCAGUGAAUUUCACGUGGAUAAAUACACACCAUACCUCAAAUAAGACACUGCAUUGAUACUGUAUCUCCUCCAUUGAUAUUUGCAGAAAAAAAGCAUUUGCCUAAAUAAAGACCUCACCCAAAACAAAUGCCUUAGCCGUGACAGACAUCUGCUGUUAAACUUGUGUACUCAUGUCAACUCCUCAUUUCUCCUGCUUCACUUUGGCCUGAGCAAAGUCGUCUUUCACUUGCCUCAGCAAAUGUGGGCUGCACAGCACAUCCACAGCUGUCAUUGCCAGAGCUUUGGCCACCCUCAGGGUGUACAUCUGGGCUUCUUCAGAGCCUGGCACAGCAGACGGAACAGGGGACGCACCAAGUAAACAAGCAAAACCCAAAUGACCGUCAUGGCUUAAACAGAGAAUAACAACGUUGUGUGGUACUACCUGCCGCUUUGGCGAAAGCCUCGGUGUGGUUGUAAGCGGUCGUGAGGAUGGAGAAGAUAGGAUGGAUCCCAGGGAUCACGUAUGACACGUUGCCGAAGUCUGUGGCAACUGCGACAAAUGAUAAAAGUUUAAAAUCAAUCCAAUCAGACAACAUACAAUACAAAGAACACUUUCCUUUUGUGAUGUACUCAAGCCUGGUGCUGAAAUUUAAAUCACUCUGCUC